GCUCUCGUCGCCGUCGCCGUCGCCGUCUCCGUCUCGGACUCCGUCUCCGACUUGCGACUCCAAUUCCGAUUCCGACUCCGCGCCUCUCGGACGAUCUUGGGCGUCGCGACGUCGUGACGCUGUCGCUUCGCGUUUCUCGUCUCCGCUUACGCGACAUCUUCGCUCCUCUUUUUCUCUCUCUCUCUCUCUCUCUCUCUCUCGGCCGCUGGCAACGCGACCAGGCGAGUUCUCGCCCGAAGGGACUCUCUCUCGCGCGCGGUCGCGCGAGAGAAAACAGUGUCGUCGACGAUUUCUCGAGCGAAGAACCGGACGACGAGGUGACACGUUCCUCCUUUACGGCGCGUCGCGAGUAGUGCAAAUCCCCGAGUGCCUUUGUCCGUCCCGCCACGCGAGGGAUCUCACAGAGAUCAGCCCACGAGAAUAUUCCGCGCUGGACAUCCGCGUGGGGAAUAUUUAUAUCCUCCCGCGGGGAUACCGCGAAUACUCCCGAGUUCCGCGAGGAGCUCCGAGGAAACGCCCGCUUUACGCCCGUCCUCGCGACGACCGACGACUCGCGAUCCCUUUUGCGCGCGUUCGACAGAGCCGUCGCGCUCACAGAGAGUUAUAGUCGAUGUUUUAUGUAUGAGAGAUAAAUAACACUCAAUCUCCGCAGAGAGAGGACGAUUUUCGGCCGACAUUUCGCGCCGAUGCACUCUUAUAACCGGAAAAUCGGUUUGACACUUUUAGACUUUAGAGCGAAAAAAAUUCCCAGCACGUUCCCCCGAGUUAUUUCGCGGAAUAUUCUCAGGCAUGCAUUCGGGGAUGCACUCUCAGGUGCCGGCGGGAAGAAAGCGGAUAUUCCCGGUAGUACGUGAAGUGGAUCGACUGUUCGACGGCUGUGUGAUUGAGAUCCUCUUCGUCCCGUGAGGUGGGAGGAUCUCGCGAAUGCGAGAAUCAUGUUACGCCGCGACGACGACGCGAGACCGUUUUUCCCGCGGCUGGCUGCCGCCCUGUGCCGAUAGUGAAUUUCCUUCCUGGGCCGAUCGUUGUUCCGGAAAUCGCGCACUGGCAAACAAGGUGACCGGAGGACCUCCUGUGGGCAAUGCACCGCCACCGCCUACACUUAUCAAUAAAAUCAAGUAUCAACCUGGUGGACCCGUAAUCAAAAAGGAUAAACGGCAAAGCAGCUCGAGGUUCAACAUAUCGAAAAAUCGGGAACUGCAGAAAUUGCCGUUGUUAUCCGAAACACAACAGGGAAACGAGCGGGAGGAACUUUUUAUACAGAAGCUACGGCAAUGCUGCGUCCUCUUCGACUUCGAGUCCGAUCCGUUGUCGGAUUUGAAAUGGAAGGAGGUAAAGCGCACUGCCCUCCACGAGAUGGUCGAGUAUGUAACCAAAAACAAAAACGUUAUUACCGAAGCGAUAUAUCCCGAAGCGGUAAACAUGUUCGCCGUGAAUUUAUUCCGGACGCUACCCCCGUCAUCAAAUCCUAAUGGCGCGGAGUUUGAUCCGGAAGAGGAUGAGCCGACGUUGGAGGCGGCUUGGCCGCACUUGCAGCUCGUCUACGAAUUCUUUUUGCGGCUGCUGGAGUCGCAGGACUUCCAGCCGUCCAUAGCGAGACGUUACAUAGAUCAAAAAUUCGUGCUGCAGCUCUUGGAGCUGUUCGACUCCGAGGACCCGAGAGAGAGGGAUUUCCUUAAGACGACCCUCCAUAGGAUUUACGGAAAAUUCCUGGGACUCAGGGCGUACAUUAGGAAACAGAUCAAUAACGUUUUCUACCGAUUUAUUUAUGAGACGGAACAUCACAAUGGCAUCGCAGAACUGCUUGAAAUUUUAGGAAGUAUUAUAAACGGCUUUGCUCUGCCGUUAAAGGAGGAGCACAAGGUGUUCUUGUUAAAAGUCCUGUUACCCUUGCAUAAAGCUAAGUCAUUAUCCGUUUACCACCCGCAACUAGCGUAUUGCGUCGUUCAAUUUCUGGAGAAGGAUCCGUCGUUGACGGAGCCCGUGAUUAGAAAUCUGCUGAAAUUCUGGCCAAAAACACAUUCCCCUAAAGAAGUUAUGUUCUUGAACGAGCUUGAAGAGAUCUUGGACGUCAUUGAACCAGCUGAAUUUCAGAAAGUCAUGGAUCCGCUGUUCAGGCAAUUAGCCAAAUGCGUGUCAUCGCCGCAUUUCCAGGUGGCGGAAAGAGCUCUCUAUUAUUGGAAUAAUGAAUACAUAAUGUCCUUGAUAUCGGACAAUUACUCCGUCAUCCUACCGAUAAUGUAUCCAGCUUUUUAUAGAAACUCCCGCAAUCACUGGAACAAGACGAUCCACGGUUUAAUUUACAACGCUCUGAAACUUUUCAUGGAGAUGAAUCAAAAAGUAUUCGACGAAUGUACGACACAAUACUAUCAGGAGCGUCAAAGAGAACGGAAGCUCAUGAAGGAUCGGGAUGAGGCAUGGAUGCGCGUGGAAGCGCUCGCGAUGAGGCAUCCGAACUAUAAUUUGGCAAAUAAAGGCACAACGAAUAACACAUCCUACACAUCAGCGCAGCAUAUAGAUAACUCACCGCCCGACGAAGAUGGUGAUACGGAUCAAACUCCGCUUACCUUGGAGAAAAUCGAAGCUAGAGCCAAUGAGGCGAAGAAAAUGACAAACGUGAACAAAGUGAAACCGCUUUUACGAAGAAAGAGCGAUUUACCGCAGGAUUCGUACACAAUGCGGGCAUUGUCCGAUCACAAACGCGCCGAUGAAUACCUUGUUACGCCGCCAGAUCCCAAUAAUUGCUAGUCUCUACCGCAACCCCUUCCCAUGUAUCCUCUGUUUUGCUGUAGCAACAUCGGAAGUUAGCUUUCUUUCUUGGGGGGAGAAACGGCGAUAAGAACGCGAAUAAUUUGGCUGACAGUCCCAUUAUGCGAAAUCAGCGACGUAUUAUCAUCUCAAUGUAUAUCGUCAUAUUUGCUUUUUUUAAGAAAAGAAGAGAGAACCUUACUUAUCCCGCCGCGCAUAUCGUGCGAUUCAAAGAUACAGUGUAUAGGUACUCGUAGAAGCUUGCAGAAGAAACUCGUUCUUCAUUAGAAAUGCGUUGUAUUUAUUUCUUCAUCUACGAGAGAAAAAGGCAUAUUGCGGUUUAUAGGAACUGUAAUAGCAUCAUCAUAAAAAGCGCGCAUUAUUAGUGAGCGAAAAAGGCCCUAAAAAUACAUUUACUUGUAGAAUCGCCAUUCAUCGGAAACAUUCUGAGGUGCUACCCUCUGCUAUGUCUCAACAAUAAGAUAAUAUAUGAAUAAUGUACGUAAACGAGAUUUAAUUGUGGAUACUACGGUUGUAAUGGAUUUGGUUCUAUUCUACAAGAGAUUUUAUAUACAGAUGAGGGUUAUGUGCGGGGGAAUGUGAUCGAAGAUAUAACACGUAUGCUCUCGAUGUUGUAACCCAUAACUAUUGCGCUAUGCGAGCUUGUUGUGUUAACAUCCUUGCGAAUGACGCGUUUCCAUUUAUGUGCAAAUGAUAUAUAUACAUAUAUAGAUAUACGUACUUGCUUUAACACUACAGGCUCGUUGUAGUAAGAGAAGAAACAAAUAAAUGAAGACGUAAAGAGGGGAGAAGAGUACACGCCGGCGCGCGUUAUCUUAGGAUGUAUAUGAUAGUGCUAUUUUAAAAAUAAUAGAUUGCUACGAGAAAAUCUGGAUACUUCUGAGUGUACUACUUUUGUAUCUGUUGUGCCUAGAUGCCUGUGGAAAAACAAAAAAGAAUAUGCCUCCGCGCGGGGCCUAUAUACUACGAAAACAGCAAGAUUAAGCAGCGAGUUUACAUGUCGCUUUGCCAAAUAUAAUCGAUAUUACAAGAAUUUCAGUAACGCUUGCAUAACAUGUUGUGUUGUUAACUCAUUGAUCUUGAGAUUAAUUGAAAGAUUAUACUGUUGCGGCCCAGAGGUAGGAGGGAGAGGAAUAAAAGAGAGGAGAAAGGAGAAAAAGAUUAAACAAUUUAGUCUUUGCGCUGCUGGCAGGUUGUUACGUUAAAUAAUUGUCGAGGAUACCUUGUUGAACAUAGAUAUGAUAAGCACUUAUAUUAAAUAUUAGAAAUUAAAACUACGGAAGAUAGAUUUAAAGAUAUUAUUAUUUACUUAUUAAUUAUUCCUAUUCAAGAGAGAGAGGAAUGGCCAUUUCAGCUAAUUGAUCAUUAAUUAGUGGUAUAAAUAUCAUUAUAAUUAUUAGUUAUUGUAUUAUUUUUAUAUAGUAACGAGACGAAUAAUGACGAAAAUAGGGUAAUAGUAAUAAUGUAGUAGCUGGUACAUGUGGCAAAAUGCCUUGAAUCCGUUUAGUCUAUCCGGAAAUCUACGUUUUUCCCAAAUUAGAUCGAUAAUGAAUAAAUCACGCAUUUCUUAGAAAAAAAAAAAAUACCGUCACGUAUCAGAGAGAAAGAAAGAAAGAGUGGGAGAGAGAGAGAAAGAGAGAGAAUUCUUAAUUAUACACCGUUAUGCACAGCAACUUCGAAAAGACAUCGAAUCAGACAGUCUCCGCGGAUGUGAAUGUGUACGCCUGCAAAAGCUUAAGUCGAAUCGUAGAGGACCGGAAGAGAAAGGAAUAAUCGUAAUAACACUACAAUUAAUAAUAAUAACGCCGUUAUUAAGAGGAUAUAGAGUUGCCGGAUCGUUUCAAUAUAAUAAAGACGUUAAAUCUUGCAUGGUACCGUGGGAGUUCUUUCAUACGUAUUAUGCGUAAAGCGUUUAUAGGAGCGUUCUCAUCCGCGUCGUGCAUCUUUUUAUUUCGACAAUGAUCCAAACGGGGAUUGGAACCGGUAUAAUUUCGAUUUUAGGUCUCGACGCCGUCUUAGAGCAUGUUCUAAGGAUGCCAUAAGUAUCCAAAAAAUGAUUCACAUUUUUUUUUAUUCGUUGACAAUAGAAACGUGACAAUCGAACGACUUCUCAGCUCUGUAAUUGAAAAUUGAAUCGUACCGAUCUCGAUACGAUCCGAUACAGAGACCUUCAAACAGCCGCACGAAAACGGGCCUUCUUUCUUCUCGUGCGUCUGCAGCCUCUAUUUUAUACAUCGAAAUAAUACCGAUUCUAAUCUUUGAAAAUUCAAAUCGCCAGAAAUCGUAGUCAAAGAGAGUAUCUCGACUGAAUAUGCAGUAUAGGGUUAAACAACAUUCUCCAUCUCCAUGACUUUCUCGAGCGCAUUCAAGAGCCCUCAAUUGAAUCUAUUUAUAUGCAGCGAGAAAAGACCUCGUCGUGCGCAGUUUGCAUUUCAUGUACCUGCAUAUAUCGUGUAAAUAAUAUAAUUAUUUUUGAACGCAUUCUUCCUUCUCAGUUCCAAAGACACGCUCGUCCCGGUGAGCGUCGUAGUAAAAGGAUUUAGCGCGAACUCUUUCCGAACAUUAUUUUAUUUCUCUACCUGUUAUAAUAAUAUAAAAAGAACAGUUCGUAUUUUUGCAAACAAUAAGAAUAAGGUCAAUUAAACGGGCAAAAUUGGGUCACAAAUUAAAAUAACAUUUUAUUCAUAAGAAUUAAUUACGUCAAUCUUAGAGAUCUUGAUGAAAAGAUACAGAAGGAAACAUAAGUGUUCUUAAUGAGUAAUUAUUAGCUUUACGUUUAUUACACAAUGUAUGUAAUUCUUGUGAAUUAAAUAUUGUCUUUUCUAUAAAUAUCUCUCUCUCAAAUCGGACCUUCAUAACUGGAAAUCGUGGUCUCGCAUUUUGUCGGGUGCAUUUUCUGCAAUCACUCGGGAGCGCACUGGAAUUGCCUAUAUGGUGGUCAUGGCGCGUCUGCUUUCUGUACCAAAGAUCCAAAAUUCAAAUCAACAUGUCAGAUUGUUUUCGAUCCACCAUCUCUCGGAAGGUAAAACCGCCGGGAGUAUUCCUGCCAAGACACACUACACAAUAUAUAGAAAUUUACACAAAUGGAACAGCAGGAUUUUCAAGGACAAUUCGUGCGCUCUCGAUUGUAUAAAAUGUAGACCACGAGCUUCAAUCGUGAAAGACCUGACGAUUAUACAACAUUGUGUAAUAAACGUAAAGCUAAUAAUUUCUCUCUCUAAAACAUCUGUUUCUUUUAUUCAUUUUUUCAUCGAGAUCUCUGAGAUUAAUGUAAUUAAUUAAUAUUAAUUCUUAUAAAUAAAAUGUCAUUUUAUGACCUAUUUUGCUCGUUUAAUUGACCCGACUCGUUUUCUUCUAUCUUUUAUUCUCUCACAAAAUUUUUGUAAUCGUUUAUGAACUUGUCGACAAAAAUUUAAAGGAGAAACUUGUCAUUUCAUUUUUUUUUAACUUCUAUUCACGCAGAUUUUAUCUAAUUUUCCCUAGCGAGUCUACAACUGUAUGUAACGUGUGUAAUCACUUUGGCAGAUGCGCGCAAUACGUAUACACAGAACUCUUAAGAAAAAAAAAAAAGAAAGAUCUCUAUGUAAAUGGAUGAACAAACGGUGGCAAUAUUGUACAAUGUCCGUGCCGCAAUCCGAAUUCAGAGGGAUGAAGUAAGGGGAAACGGAAGAGAAUAUCAGAGUAUCGCAUAGACGUAUAUAAACAGACUUUACAAACAUAAAUUUCGCUGAGGGCAUCUCAGUUGUAAACAAAGAUAACACAUUUUCUAUGUGAUAUUUAAAUUAAUUUAUAUUAAUUUAAACUAUCCUUAUUAUACCGAAUAUAUUAUAUUAUAUGGAGCGCAUCACGAAUCCACGAGAGGGAAAAAUCCGCUGCUCUCUGUGGGACUACGGAGCAAUUUCGUUACGUCCGUUCCAUUUGGAUGUCGUUCGAACGAUCGAAUAUCGAAUUCGAGCGAUGAUAUUUCGUACACGUAUCUGCAAUUUGUUAAAAACAUAGUUUUAUAGUAAAUAAAGAGGAUUACGAGAAAAAAAAA